CUCGAAAAAUACUCUUUGGAGCUUCAACACCCUUUAGCCUUAAUAACACAUUACCACUUCUCCCGGAUAAAGAAAUGUCUGCAAUCUCUGUUCUUCUUCACCCAUUCACGCUCAGAUUCCCGCCGAAAUUGACUUCAAACCCUAAUUCUUCCCUUCUAUUUCAUACCCAGAUACGAGAUUUCCCCGAUCGGUUACGCUUUUCUGCAGUCUCCGCUGCGGAGGAGACCGGUGUUGGGUGCCAGAGAACCAUGGUCAGAACUCUUGUGUCUAGAGACAGCAGUAACAUUAACGAGGACGUUGCAGGGCUGGAACAGGAAGCCGUAAUCGGUGGACCCGCCGGGGUUGAAUCCACCCUCAAUCGCCUGAGCAAGUGGGUGGUGGCCGGUGCGUUCGGCAGUGUGGUUCUGUGGAGGCACGACGCGGAGGCGCUGUGGUUUGUGACGGGGUCCGUCAUGAAUUCGACGUUGUCAGUGGUGCUGAAACGCGUGUUCAAUCAAGAACGACCGGAUUCUGGACUCCGGUCGGACCCUGGAAUGCCGUCUUCUCACGCGCAAUCCAUCUUCUUCGUGGCUCUAUUCACUGUUAUAUCUGUCAUGGAAUGGCUUGGGAUCAACGGAAUCUUGUUCAUCGCCGGUCUGCUAAUUCUAGCAUUUGCUUCAUAUCUCUCAUGGUUACGAGUGUCGCAACAGCUUCAUACAAUGAGUCAAGUGCUGGUGGGUGCUGCAUGUGGUGCAGUUUUCUCCAUUCUGUGGUUUCUUUCAUGGCAUUUCAUUGUCCUGGAAGCAUUUGUUUCCUCCUUGUGGGUACGGAUACUUGUUGUUCUGGGUGCUGCAGGAUGUUCUCUAGGCUUUCUUGCAUAUGUUGUUCGCAAUUGGUUUAGAGACGAAAGAUGAAGUUUCUGCAUAAUUCAGUGUGACCAAACAAAGAAUUUGGAUCAACCACUAAUCUACUUAGGAGCUGCCACACCUUCGAUGAUGUCCCAACAAUUUGUGCCCUGAAUGAAUUGAACUGAUGAAGCAUGGCUACAAGUUUUAGCAACUGCUUGAAUGAUUGGCAUCAGAGACUGCAGCAUUAGAAACUAACAUACUUGUAUUGGGAUUCCCUUUCUCUGAUUGUAUUUCCCAGAGAUGUGCUCAAAUGAGUGUCAAAACUUGCCUUGCCUUAAAGGUAGUGCAUGGCUUCACAUGGCAGAGCUAUACUGAUAAAGUUCAUUUGACCUU